AUGAUUGAAAAUGUUUAAAAUACUGCCAAUUUUAUUGUUAACUAACAAUAUUAUUGUAAAAUGUGUUAGUGACUUAGAAAUCACGAUAAAUGUGGCACCAAAUAAAGAUAAAAAUAAUGUGACUUACUCCGGUGUCGAUGAAAAAUUAAUAAGUGGCACGGACAUUAUUCUCUUCAAUAUAACGAAGGAAAAUUUAAAACGUGGCUGUCGCGUGGAAUUUGGUCAAACUCCUGACGAAGUGUUCCUCAAAGAUCCGACUGAAUACCACAAUUUGUACAGUAAAUUUGAUUGGAAGCAAGUCAAUAGAGAUAUAAGAGUAAAGAAUGUUGAAAUAUACGAUACGAUUAUUGAGGAUGUUGUUCUGAAAUCUAGCAGUCAUAUAAAUAACACAACAGACACUAUUAAAUCUAAAAUUGCACUGUACGAAAGAGUUGAAAAUACUGUGGUAACAAAAUGGUCGAAUACCGGAUAUCCUGGUGAAUUUUCAUAUAAUGUGAAUGCUAAUUUUGAUGGGAUACGGUUUAAAAUAAAACAUUCGUGGAGGAAAAACGAAAUGAAAUUUGUGUCUGUGAAUUUUGGUGCUUCUAGACAAGGUUUUAUCUAUCUCCGUCCAAAUCAAAUAUCAAGUACAGUUUUAACAGCAAAAAGAAUUAUAAUUAUUGUAAAAAUUGACUUUGUAACAAGUUUGUCUGGCUGUGUAGUGGCUAAUUAUGGACACUUGAUUGCGACAUAUCAUUUUUGGGCACCAUCUAUUGAUAAUAUUAUGAAAGCAGCUAACAUUAAGAAUGAAAUUAUCACAUCUGAAGUUAUGGAAAUUAAAUGUUAUACGGAUCCCGUAGUAAAUGUUUUUGAUAAAUCAACAAAAAUGAAAUUGCACAUGGUCUCUCCGUUUCAAACUUUAAAAAGCAAAUUAAACGUAUUGUAAUGGUUAUUAUAUCGUAUAUGUUUAAGUAGCAAACUGAAUUAAUGGGUGGAGAAUGAUCUCUCCAUAUACUCCUGACGAAGACUAGUCAAUUAACAUAAUAUACCUACAAUACUUUAGCCUGAACUUUUUUACUUAUUUUAUUAGCAUUCGUGAUUUAAAAAAACAUCAUGUAGUCA